UCUGCCAGGACUUCCCAGUAGGCAAACUGAGCCAAGAUGGCUGUCGUCACGUUGAGCUGCACCACCCUGCACGCCCACACACGCCCCACCCCCCCACCACGCACAUACCAUUUUCCUAGAGUAAACUGAGAACCCUGCUGCUCAAUCCACACAUUGAAUAUUUGACACUGGAAAUGGGUCCACAGGAGUCAAGCAUCCAGAGUCACAUGACUCAUGAGGUUUCGUCUACACUGAUGGCACAGGCUUAAACCUCGGCCAUUACUCCUCCUAAAGCAAGAAAGCAAAUGCUGUAUCCUGUCAUUUGCCCCAGAGGCCACCGGAAAUGGCAUCACCUCCCCAGACACUGGCUUGUGAAAGUUCCAGCACCCAGCGUUGAACUUCUUUCCCUUGAAGACAGAGUCUGGGCCAUUCUGAUCUUCAGCCAGGAAAGGACUCUAUCUAGGGAAGAGAUCUGGAAUCAACAGAGAGACAUAUACAAAAAAUCACCGGGGGUUUCAAUGACAGUUCCCAGACCCAGCUUGUGCAAAAGAGGGAGCUAAGAGGCGCGACGCAGGGCAUCAUGGUUCGCCUGUUGGCCUCAGAAGUCCAGCAGCUUCUACACAACAAGUAUGUGGUCGUCCUUGGGGACUCUGUGCAUAGGGCGGUGUACAAGGACCUGGUGCUGCUGCUGCAGAAGGACUGCCUGCUCAGUUACAAGCAGCUCAGAAUGAAGGGGGAGCUGACCUUUGAAAAGGACCAGCUGAUGAAGGGAGGCGAGCUGGACACGCUGCACAACCGCACCGACUACCGCGAGGUGCGCGAGUUCUGCUCCGACCACCAUCUGGUGCGCUUCUACUUCCUCACGCGCGUCUAUUCAGAGUACAUGGAGAGCGUCCUGGAGGAGCUGCAAUCUGGCACACAUGCCCCGGAUGUGAUCAUUAUGAACUCUUGCCUCUGGGACGUCUCCAGGUAUGGGCGGAAUUCCCUGAGUAGCUAUAGGCAGAAUCUGGAGAACCUGUUUGGGCGCAUGGACCAGGUACUGCCCAAGUCAUGCCUGCUAGUGUGGAACACUGCCAUGCCCUUGGGUGACAAGAUCAAGGCGGCCUUCCUCCCUCAGAAGUGUAAGGGCCAGGCCCGGAUCUCGGUAGCCACCCUGAAAAAGAGAGUGAGGCAAGCCAACUUGUACAGCCAUGCAGAAGCAACCAAGCGCUGCUUCGAUGUGCUGGACUUAAAUUUCCACUUCCGUCAAGCCAAGAAGCACCUGCAGGGAGAUGGCGUGCACUGGAAUGAACAUGCACACCGCAGACUCACCUACAUGCUGCUGGCCCACAUGGCUGAUGCCUGGGGUGUGGAGUUGCCCCAACGACACCCAUGGGAAAUUGAUCCUGUGGACUGGGAAAGUGCAGGCCGGGUAGAGGAAUGGCAGCCCCAGGCCAAUAGAGGUCCUCAGGCCUUUGCCCUGCCUCCACCUGGGCCUUUUCCCAGGCCACGCCCCCUAUUCCCGCCCCCUGGCUUGCCCGUAAGGCCCCCACCCCUACUAGCAUGUCCGCUGCCCCCACCUCAGGUGACACCCCCGUUACCCCCAUAUCCCCAAGAUUCCUAUUUCUCCUCAGACCAUGUUUUCCAGACGGAUGAAUUCUAUAUUCAUUCGGAGGACCCCUCACCCACCCACACAGGAUAUACCUUUGAGGGUGACUUUAGUUUUCAUCCCCAGCCACCCAUGCCCAACUACCGCCCACCCUGUUACCAGCGCCCGGCCCCCGGGGCGCAUAGGGGUUUCCAAAGGCGUUUAGCUCAGGGCCCCUAUAUGCCCUGGAGAGGCCGGCCCAGGCGACCACAAAGACAUGGCCCAGGCUAUGUAGAGUCCAGGCCUCAAUAGUCUGACUUGAACCCCAUUACCUCUGGAUGGGGCUGUGUGAUAACUGACCUUCCCUGUUCAUUGUCCCAGUCUGUACACACUGACCUUGCUAACGUACGCCCAGCGAGUCCGUCUUGGACUUCUCUUUGUUCACUGCUGUUAGAAACAGGGGCAAGGAAGAGCAAACUGGCCCGCUCCAGUUGCCUGUGGAGGUCUCUUUCCCCCCGAGUGACCCAGCAAGCAUUCUUACUACCUCCCCCCUCGCUAUUCUUGUUGCCUUUUUGUAAAAAUAAAAUUGAAGUUCAG